AUCUCGGAGGCCGUAACCAUCUCUUCCUCGGCAGUAGUGCCCGUGUUUGAAUUCUGUGGUGCACCGGAAUGCUUAACGUUCAUGAUGUUCUUGGCAAGAUGUCUAGCUCAGCGACUGCACAGUUUUACUGCUUAUGCUGUGAAGACGGUAAACGUAUGCGUUGUGCAGGCGGCUUUUGAAUCGACGACAAAUGCCCCGCAUUUGACGAGAGUUGCUGCUAGUAGCCAUGUGCUCGUGCGCCGUUAUUGCCAAGAUUCUAAAAAGCCAGAUAAACAGAAACUAGAAUUUGUCUUGCUGAUAAACACCGAUGACAAAGUGCUUGGAACAAGAACAAUGGACGAAGCAAUCGCGUUUGCCAAGAAACACGAUUCGCACUUGGUCAAGCUACAAGAUGACAGACAUGCUGAAGCCAAGAAAAGGAAAACAUACAAAGUCAUGACAACACAGCAGAUGGUUGAAUAUGAAGAAAAGCUAGCAAAUGCUGCUGGAGUAACGAGUGCUUCAGGUGCAGCAAAGCAGCGGACUGUUAAGCAUGUGACUGCAACCAGCAAGAUCACUGAAAAUGACCUCAACACCAAGCUCAAGAGCAUAGGAAAGUGGCUGGAAAAGAAAUGUGAAAUCCGUGUUGGCAUAACUGGCACUCCAGAUUCGACGAAACAGUUGGAAACCAUAUACCAGAAGUUUGAGACUUUCCUAGCUGGCGAAGCAAGGUUUCUGCAGAAGAGGAUUAACAACGGAGUGCUGAAAUUUGUGAUUGUGCCACCUUCAGAGAAAAAAAACUCUCAAAAGCCUCAUUCAUCUGAAAACGAAGUCUCAGAAGAGUGACUGUGUGUUUCAGGUCCCUCUUUUUUCUUGCGUAGUGCACGACAUUGUGCAGCCAUCUUGAAGCAUAAGUGGCAGGGUAAGGUAUCAAAACACCGAAAGGUGUGGUAUUUACUGUUAAUAAACAAGCCCUUUUACUUA